CGCGGCAGGAAGCAGCUUUUAGGAGGAGUGAGCGAAGCCUCAGUCUGUGGCUGCGGUCCUGAGCACGGCGGCUCGGCGAUGGAGGCUCUGCUGGCUCUGCUUCUCCUGCUGGCUUCUGUUCAGCGUUCAGCGAGCGUGCAGUGCUUCGCAUACUUCGACCUGGACUCGGGGGAAUGCGAUGCAGAGCUGGGGGAGGUGGACCAGGACGACUGCUGCCAGAACCCGCAGUACGGGUACCAGGAGGCGGACGGGUCGUGCCAGUCCUGCGGCCCCCCCGCGUGGUCUCCCUGGUCGACCUGGUCACCCUGCAACGUCCUCUGCGGCGAGGGAGUGAGGCAGAGACACCGGGGGCACUACGGCUUCGGCCGGUCAGAGAAGGAGGACAGCAACCUGAAGGACAGGCUGCAGACGGAGCCCUGCAACGGCAUCUGCUGCGACGAUAAAGGCUGGAGCCCGUGGCAGGCGUGGUCCCCCUGCUCCGUCACCUGUGGAGGCGUCGGCGUCAAGAAGAGACAGCGGCUCUGCUCCAGCCCCCCCGAGUGCAGCAUGGCUUGCAGCGGCCCCAAGGAGGAAACGGAGAGGUGUGAACAUCCCAGCGCUUGUCCAGUCCACGGUGGCUGGGCCGCCUGGUCCGACUGGUCUCAGUGCUCUGGGACCUGCAUCGCUGACCAACUUUUUGACGUCCCCUUGAGAACGCGGCAGCGCUCUUGCUCUAGCCCCGCCCCCUCCACGGACACUGCCCCGCCUGGCAACAGUUGCCCCGGAGACGCGGUCGAGACGCAGGCAUGCAGCGAGCUUCCAGACUGUCCAGUGGACGGAAACUGGGGGCCGUGGGCCCCCCCGGGGCCGUGCUCCGUCCCUUGUGGGGAGGGACUGCAGCUGUCCGUCAGGAGGUGUGACAGUCCUGCGCCACAGCACGGCGGCAAAUACUGCGAAGGGCAAAGCAGUCGUAGCGUCGUAUGUCAGAGCCCGUGUCCUGUCCACGGGUUCUGGUCCGGCUGGUCGCCCUGGAGCGAGUGUUCAGCCACCUGCAUCCCAGAAGGCAAAGCUGCUUUUAGGACCCGCCAGCGCUUGUGCAAUAACCCCGCCCCCUCAUCGGCCCCGCCCGGCAGACCCUGCCAAGGUGACGACAAGGAACGGGAGAACUGCCAAGAUCUGCCCCACUGCCCAGUGGACGGUAGCUGGGGUUCCUGGUCCCAGUUCAGCCCGUGUCCUGUUAAGUGCGGCGUGGGCCUCCGGGAGUCCGUCAGGACGUGUAACAGCCCGACUCCCAAACAUGGAGGCCUUCCGUGUCCUGGAGAGGGACGCAAGACGGCCAUCUGCCUCACCAACGUCCACUGUCCAGUGCAUGGUGUCUGGUCCGAAUGGUCCAGGUGGAGUGAUUGCAAAUACCCGUGGGGUAAAAAGGACAUCCGCUGCCAGGAAAUAGGCGGCAGCCAGAAACGGACCCGGACGUGUCUCUAUCGAGCUCACAACGGCACCUUCUGUGCUGCAAACAGCCUGACAGACAGCCAGGUCUGCUACGAUGUCAACAAAUGCCUCAUAAAGGGCAACUGGGAGGCCUGGGGGGCGUGGAGCUUCUGUGACCCCCCCUGCGGGGCCAACUCCAGCCGUGUCAGGAACUUCAUCUGUGAACCCGACUACAGCAAAUACAGACCAACCAUCGGUCGCCAGCAGGAACCAGCCACAUUUUUCGGGACUCCAAGGGCUAGAUGCCAGGGCCUACCUGAGGGAGGGGAGAGGUCUCAAACUCAGCCCUGCGUUAAUGUCCCUCCGUGCACAUAGCAACACAUCACCUCCUUACAUCUGCAGCAACCUCCACAGUCCCCCUGAAAACAUGACUGCAGCCACAUGGGCUCAAAUUCGUGUCAAAUCUCCUCCAGAUGCAACAGCUGAAAGUCCAUUCAGAGUUUUCAUAUUUUGUUCUGCUAUACUUUAGGUCAGAAGGUUCAGCUUUGAGGGUGCUGCCACCUGGUGGAGUGAGGGUGUAAUUUCAUUUACUGAUGCAAACUCUCAUUAAGACGAUUUUAAACCUGAAAUGGAUAAAUCAUCCUUUAAGAAAAGUUUUAUUUUCCUCAUAGGGCCCAUUGUUUAUUUUACUUUUAUACUGUUUUACUUGGGUUUUGACUUCUUAUAACAUUGGAUUAAAUAAACAUGUGG